AUGGAUUAUUUAUUAAAUAAUAUUGAAGUAGAAAUAGACUUAGAUCAAUGUGAAGAUUCAUAAAAUUCAAUAUGUUUUAAAGUCUUCAAUAAAAAUCUAUAAACAUUUUGGAUGGUUGAACAUAAAUCUGAAGAGAUUCAAAGAUUUGGAAUGCAAGUUUUUAAUACUUAAAUGCCAGAAGAAAGCAAUGAAAGAUUUCCAUGGCUCUUAGAAUUAUGUAAUAAAGUAAAUAAAUCUACAAAGAAUGAUCCAUCUAUACUUGAAUUCUUUAAGUCAAAACCAAUAUAAAUGAAAAGAAAAUAAUCAAAAAAAAGAAGUCUCUCAACUUUUAGUCAACUGUUAAAAAUGUCAUGUGUUGAAGAAAACAGAACUCACAGUAGGAACACUGUAACUUCAAAGCAAAAACAAUAUACUUAAAUAAUACUGGAAAAUUCAUCUAGAUUUUGUGAUUUGAAAACAACUAGAGAUUUUAUUGAUUUAUUAACCUUGUUACAUUAUAGAGAUAUAAAAAAAGUAGGAUCUGGAACAUAAUCGUAAGCAUUUAAAGCCCUUAAUUAAUAAGAUCAUUUAGUGGCAGUGAAAAUUUCUCAAAACACAUAAGAAAAUCUAUAUGCAGCAUUAAUGUAAAGAUAGAUUAAUUAAGAUGUUGCUGAAAACUUUGUCGGAAACUAUUUAUUUUAGUAUUAAAUCUUAGAAGUACAAGACAUUUUAAUCAUAGAAGAAGAAUUAGCUUAAAACACAUUGGAAGAUUUAAUGGAUAGAAAAUAAAAUAUUAAUGAAAACUUUACAUAUGAUGAAAUCUUAGAAAUUAUCAAAGAUAUUGUAGAUCAAUUAUAUAAUUUACAUAUUGGAAGAUGUAAACUAUUUAUAUAUAUUGAAUUUUAGAAUCUGCUCACAAUGAUAUUAAACCAGAAAAUAUUUUGAUUCAAGAUGGUAAAUUUAUAUUGCACGAUUUUGGAGCGAUUAGACAAGUUCCAAAAGAUCAAGAAUAAGUUGAAAUUAAUUAAAUAUUUGGCACAAUAUUAUAUAUGUCUCCAUUAAAAUUUGAACACUAUAUCUCAACCAAUUAAAAUUAAUAACUUAAUAUUCACAUUACACAUAGUAUUGAUGCAAUCUCCAACAAUUUUAAACAUAAUCCAUUUAAAUCAGACAUAUAUUCUUUAGGAUUGGUUCUUUUGUAAUUGCUACUCCAUAAAGAUAAAAUUAAUCUUAAAAAAUAAAUUGAAUGCCUUUUUUAUGAAUAAAGAAAAGAAAAUUUACCAUCAUUAAUUGAAAAAUAUGAAAUUUAUCUGUAUCCUGAAAAAUUUUUCCUAUUCGAUCAAAAAUUAAAAAGAAUUAAACCUUUAUUAAAAUUGCUUCUAGAUGAAAAUGAAGAUACUAGAAUAUCUACAAUAGAAUUAGCUACAUUAUUUAAUUCUUAAAUCUGUGCUGCUAUUUAAACAUCUUUUACAUAAUAAUUUGUUCCAACAAUCUGGAAAACAGAAUAAGGUACUUGUUAAUUAGCUUAUAGUUUAAAAUCUCAAAUUUAUUAAGGAUCAUAUAAUAUUAAAUAAUAAGAAAGAUAAGGUUAUGGCAUUAUGUAUAAAGCACCUAAAAAUGAUAUAAUAUUUAAGUUGCAAAGACAUAAAAAAGACAAAAAAUCUAUUUUAGAUGAAGAAGUAGAUUUUGAGAUUAGUCAAUUAACUCAACUUUAAGAAUCAAAACAAAACUUUAGCACAAAAUAAAGUUUAGUUUAAAAUCAACUUUAAGUUCUAUAUUCUGGAUAUUGGCUAAAGAAUUUGCCUCAUGGAAAAGGGGAACUGCAUAUAUAUAAUACAGUUAGUGAACUUAAUUAUAAGGAAGUUAAUAUAGAUUAUGGAAAACUUAUAAAUAAAAUUGAUGAUCAUCAUGAAGAACAUUAAUUAUAAAUUAACUCAUAAUUCUAUUUCGGUUUAUUAGAUCAAAGGACUACUAUUAAUAAAAUUUAAGCUGAUUUUUUUCUUAAUAUAAGUGAAAGGUUGACUGAUGAAGAAUUCAUUGUAGGAAAAUAUUAUUACAAAUUCGAAUUUGAUGCAAUAACUCAAAAAUAUUAUGGAUACUAAUAACCUUAUGAUUUUACUGUUAUUGAUGUAUUGAAUUUAAACAAUAAAGACUUAAUUUGUGAAAUAAUAAAUAGUUUUAUUAGAAAUUUAAAAUGUAAAAUUUCUCAUUUCGAAAUUCGAAGAUAUGUAAUUGAAAAAUAGAUAUUUCUUAAAGAUAACUAUAAUAAUUAUAUUUACAUAAGAUUUGAUGGAUAGCAAUUUAUGGAUUAAUAAUUAAGACUUUAAAAGGAGGUUUAAAAUCGAAAACUCAUCUAAGAAUAAGUUGUCAAAUAAAAAUCUACAACUGCUUGUUGUGUUAAACAAAAGAAAAAAGUGAUUUAAAAUUAAUAGAAAGAAAUAGAAAUAUAAACUGAUAUAUUAGAAUCCUAAAUUGUUCUAGAAUGUCUUAAUCAAUAAAAAUCAAAUGUUAGUGAACUAAUUUUAUAGACCACUUCCUUAUCUUCUCAUACAUUAGAAUGGCUAUUUGCUGACGAUAUGAUUUCUCAGGUAAAUUAUUAUCACAUUCUUAUUAAUAGAUUGAAGUAUUAAGCUUUAGCAAUUCAUUAAUUAAAGAUAGUUAACUUAAUUAGAUUUUAAUGAGCUAAUCUGUUACAUAGGUGAGAGAUUUAGAUUUGUCUUAUACAUAAUUAUCAGUUUAAACAGUUACUGCAUUAAUUAAUUCUGAUAAUCUAAACAAACUUCAUAAAUUAAGAAUGGCUGGAUGCUAGUGGUGUUUAAAUUUUUAAGAUUUUAUUAUUUGUGACAAAUCUUAAAAAUUAAUUCUAUUAGAUAUCUCGAAUAAUAAAUGGGUGGAUUCUGAUCUGCUUAAAUUAUUUACUCCUGUCUAUUUACCUAAUCUUAGUUAAUUGAAUUUAAAUAAAACAUCUCUAACUAAUAAAGAUUUGAAGAAAUUUUAGGAUACAUAAUUAGGAAAAAAAGUCAUUCUUAUGGAAUCAAAUUCUAAGUAAUGGGAAUAAUAAAUAAUUGAUUUUAAAAUUUCAAUCAAUACAACUAACAGUCUAUUUGAGAAUAUUAGAUAAUUAGAAAAAUUUGGUUAUCUGUCAUAUUAUGACAUGGAAGAGAAUACUUAUAUUAAAGAUGAAACACUUAAAAGAAUUGCACAUUCUUAAGGUCUAUAGAAUAUAGAAUAUUUGAAUUUAAAAAAAUAAGAUAUCACUCACUAUGGAAUGAAACAUUUUUUAUAAUCCUAAUUUAUUACUAAUAUCAUAUCAAUGAAUUUAUCAAAUACUAAAAUAAAUGGAGAAGUUUUAAAAUAAAUUUAUUCCUCAAAAAUUUAACAUUUGAAAAUUUUAAAACUAAAAAAUUGCAAUUAAAUUUUACUUGAUGAUUUGUCACACUUUUUAAAAAAUUAUAAAGCAGCAUAUCUAUAAAAAUUUUAUAUAAGUAGUAAAUAAAUAUCUACUAAAAAGCUAGUAACAGAAUUAAAAAAUCUAUCAUCAUUGAAUUAGACUUAAAUCAUUUUUAAUGAGUAUAUAUUAUAAUUAGUAUAGUUAAGAAAAAGAAAUUGAUAUAUCAAAUAUACUUACAUCCAUUCUGACUUGGGUAGCCAUUUUGAUAAGCAAAUAAAAGUUAUAAAAAUUAACAUUGGACUUAAGAGAUUGCAAAGGAAUUAAUAAUGGAUUUGAUUUAUUUAUUGAAGAAGUCAAAUCUUUAAAAGGAGAAUAGUCAUGUACAUUAGUAUUUAAAAUCUCCAAGUAAAUUCAUCAUUUAGUUCAAGUUCAUCCAUAUCCGUUGAUGUAAUAAAAUAGUUGGAAUAGAAUUACAAAUCAAUUCAAUUUGUUUAAUGA